CUAUGUUCACAUCUGUACUUGAACACAUGUGCACUGGAAAUGAAUUUUAUAGAAACGCCAAAUUUGCCGCACUAACACGUGUUGUUGUAUAAAAAUGCUUUUGUUUAUAGAUAGUUAGGUAUACGUGUAAAUAUCUAGUAAUUUAACAAAACUUUUAAGAAAUCGUUAGACUUAAUUUAAACGUAUUUAGGAAUUAUCUAAUUGUGUGAAAAUAAAAGCCAUUUAACAAAUAUUGUAAUAUACAAAUACAUCAAAAAAGACAAAAUGUCGAAAUCAAAGACUGCGACUAAACCUCCUCGGAAGGAGGGGUUCAAUCGUUCUAAACACAGUAUGAAUCCAGACCGACCUACGGAAAAUUUGAAAGGUGUAGCGAAAGUACGGUCGAAAGCAACGAUUAAAAGGUUGCAGAUGUAUCGUUGUCAGAAACCGAAGCGCGAUCGCACUGGUAAAAUACUUAGACCAGCGCCGUUCCAAGGAUGGCAACCUUCUGGUUCUAUGUCUCGCAUAGAACCUUCGCAAAGAUGGUUUGGUAAUUCGAGAGUAAUAUCUCAAACUAUGUUGCAAAAGUUUCAGGAUGAAUUAGGGAAAGCUAUGAAGAAUCCUUAUAACGUUGUUAUGAAGCCAACACAAUUACCGGUAACUAUGCUUCAACAGCAGGCCGUAAAUGCAAGAGUACAUUUAUUGGAUACAGAAAGUUUUGAAAGUGUUUUUGGCCCAAAAAAGUUAAGGAAAAAACCGAACAUAGAAACAUCAACGUACGAUGCGUUACAGAAAUUAGCAGAAGAGAAAGCAGAAGUAUAUGAUAAAGAAAAAGACACAAAAGACGUGGAUCUCGUACGUCCCGAUACUGGUACCAAAGAUGCGCAAAGAGAUUGGAUUAUGGGAGCAGGACAAAGCAGAAGAAUUUGGAAUGAAUUAUAUAAAGUGAUAGACUCGUCUGAUGUUAUUUUACAAGUUUUAGAUGCAAGGGACCCUUUGGGAACCAGAUCUCCUCCGAUAGAAAAGUUUCUUAAGACAGAAAAACCUCACAAACAUUUAAUGUUUAUUUUAAACAAAGUAGAUCUCGUACCGACAUGGGUUACGCAAAGAUGGGUAGCUAUUUUAAGUGCAGAAUACCCGACAAUAGCGUUUCAUGCCUCAAUGACGCAUCCAUUUGGUAAAGGUUCAUUAAUAAAUCUGUUAAGGCAAUUCGCAAAGUUACAUAUAGAUAAGAAACAGAUUAGCGUGGGUUUUAUUGGGUAUCCUAACACAGGAAAAAGUUCAAUUAUAAAUACUUUAAGGUCGAAGAAAGUAUGUAAUGUUGCGCCAAUAGCAGGUGAAACAAAAGUAUGGCAAUAUAUUACUCUGAUGCGACGUAUUUAUUUAAUAGAUUGUCCAGGUGUAGUAUAUCCUUCCGCAGAAACUGAUACAGAAAAGGUUUUGAAAGGUGUAGUGAGGGUUGAGCUUGUUCAAAACCCAGAAGAUUAUAUUUCGAGUGUCUUGUCACGAGUAAAACUAGAAUACAUACGAAAAACUUAUAAAAUACCAGAAUGGGACGAUCAUAUGGAUUUUCUAGAGAAAUUAGCUCAUAAAAGUGGGAAAUUGUUGAAAAAAGGAGAACCAGAUAUUACUAUUGUUUCGCGCAUGGUUUUAAAUGAUUGGCAACGGGGUAAAUUACCUUUCUAUGUUUCUCCUCCUGGUUUUGAAGAGCCGUUACUACGGACAACAGACAAUAAUGAACUUCCCAUAGACAACAACGAUACUGGUAAACAAAAUGACAAUGUAGACACAGAACAAACAGAAAGUAAAGAGGAAAAAGAACGGUCGAAGCCUCAAUUAUCUGUCUUACAAGAUUUCAGAAAAAUAAGAGUCGGUUUACCAUAUUCAGGCGAUGAUAUAAAAAAUGAUUUAUACAUUGAAUCCGAUGAUGUCGUGAGCAACAAAGAAGAUAGUUCAAUUCUUUCAGACAUGAAUGUUAACGAUGAAAGUACAGAUAGGUCUAUUAUAGAGUUUGAAGAAAAUGAAGAAGAAGAAGAAGAAAAUGAAGAGGAUAUAGAAAACAGUAAGAAUAUAGAGGUUGAAAAUCACGAAGAAGAGGAUAGUGAUUGCAGCGACGAAGAAAUUUCUCUACCUUUAGAAAAAGAUACUUUAUUGCAAAGUGUGUACGAUGCAGUAGAGGAAGAGUACGAUUCCAGUGACAGUGAAAUGUUAAAUUCAAAUGCUGUGUCUAGUAGCGGUGCAUUCAAAGUUUCUUCUACGUCCACCAAAACCAAGAAACUAACAGAGGCAGGAAAGAAGUUGACAAGUAAACAGCGUAGAGCUAUAGAAAGAGCAAAUAAACGAAAGAAGAUUGGCAGCAACUUUUACGAAGUUACUAACGUAAAGAAUCGAAAUAGGAACAGAAGAAUUCCUAAAGUUAAAAAAUGAAAUAGUUAAUAAAUAAUGAAAACACAUUGAACAGGUUGAAAAUAUUAAUAUUGUAUUAAAUGUUAUUGAAAAAAUAUAGAAUUUGUUAAUACAAUGUAAUGUAUAUUCGACUCUAGCUUUAACGUUCUGUAUGUAAAAAAUUUCUCUGAAAGUAAACCUAACGAAUCAAUUUUUUUAAAUUAUAAUAACAUAUCAACUUUGUACAUAACGCGUGUAUUUUAUACAAUAAAUAUAUUUAUAGCAACGAAACGAUAGUUUUCCAAUAUUUUGAAUUGUAAUGUUAUGCAUAGUGCAAUGUAGUUCCCCUUUGACACUGCAGAGGUCUAUCGUGUUUGACAUUCGUUUCACAUUGUAUAUAAAGUAUAUGUAUCUAUGUACGUUUCUUAAAUGCUGUAAAAAAUGUGCAUACAAUUAAAUAUUAUAUUUUUCACGUGACAGUAUAUUUAUCUGUUUAAAUAGAAUAGUUGUACUUGUUACUUUUGCAAAGGAGUCGUUCGAGGAGGGGUUAUAAAGUGGUUCUAACACAUU